AUGGUUUCCGUGUGGAAGCUCUUUGCUUCAUUUGCGGUUGCAGGCUUUGCUGCUCCAAGCUGCAGACCACCCGCAACUCUUACACUUCCUAAAGUUGGUGGUGGCACAGAACUCCCUCCGCCGCCCCCGACACUAACACUAAAAAAGAUCGCCCUUGGCCACGGCAUCCAAAACUACACCUGCGAGUCGACAACCGGCGAAGCCAAAGCGACCGGCGCCUUGGCAGUCCUCUACGACGUCACAUCUCUCCAUCCCUCCGCCACUGGUCGUAACACCCUUUCCCCCAUCGUCUGGAAUAAGCUCCCAUCCACUCUGCUGUGGACAAACCCUCUCCCUCUGAACCCUCUGCCAACAGUGCACUUCGGUGCCGACCCAGCUAAUCCGUUCCCGGAGCCCUCUUCUCUGCGUCUCCACAGUCUCCCAGAGAUCAAAUUUCUAGGCCAUCACUUCUUCGAUGCCCAGUCCACACCGACAUUCGACCUGAAGAUAGCCAACCUCAAGGCUAGCGUCGCCAAGACCGGCGCUGUUGAUGCCCCGAGGAAUGCGGACAAGGGAAUCCUCGGUACUGGGGCGGUCUCGUGGCUGGAGCUGGGGGAUAACGGCAAGGGCUUGUCACAAGGUGUGAGCAAAGUCUACCGGGUUAUUACGGCCGGAGGGGUAGCACAAAAGUGCGAGGUUGCCGGAGCUGGUGCGCAGAGUGUGCCGUAUACGACUUACUAUUGGUUCUAUGGGUGA